CGUAUCAUAAUACUAGUAAUUGGUCACUGAGGAAAGAAUUAGGCUAAAAACAUCAUCCAUGUGACUGAAUGUGUCCGUAUUUAAAUGCUGCCCUAUAGGAAAUGUAUUGUUGGGAAUAGCCUCCCCCACCACUCACACAAACACGCACGCACGCACACGCGCGCAGCCUCCUCCUCCUCCUCCUCUGGAAACCUGUUCUGGAGGGAGUGACUUGAUCGAGGCGGUCGUCCAAUUAAAUGGAAGCAGCACUUAUUCCACUUUAUUCCAGGCUACAGUUAAGUGGCCCGAAACCUUCAGAGACGCACAGGCGUGUAGCGCGAAGGCAGAGAGACGCUGCCCAUGUGACAUGUCAACGGGAAGCCGGAGACAAAAGGUGGACACAUCUACUCCAGCAAAGUGAGGCGUCGGGCGGGCGCGCGGAGGAGACGCGGAGGAGACGCGGAGGAUGCUCCUAUAAUCAAAUCCACGAGGGGCUUUUUUUUCUUCUUUUUCUCUCGUCUGGAAACGCUUCACAUAAAUGAUUCAUGAGAGCCCGUUUCUGUUUCUAAAGGGGAGUAAUUGCGCUUCGCAGUGAGCGGCAGCCGGUCCAACCUGCAGAAAGACGGUAGUUAGUAGAGCUGGGAUCACAUCACACCCCGGAGACAAAUAUAAAGUCUGUCCGUUUGGGGAGUUUGAGACGCGUUUUUUCUUCUUCUUUUAUUUACCGGGACUGGACCUGGUCCUGUCAAAAGGAUCAACUGUUGCUGCAGCCGGGCGCGGAGCACAGAGACGUUCUCCAAGUGUGUCUGGCUCCCACAAUGGAUGCUUGAGCGCCACUCGGUCCCGCAUGCAGCCAACGCAGCCGGCGUUGUGUGAUUAACAUGGAAGAGAGACUGAUUCUGUUGUUGAUGCCUCGGAUACACCUUCAUCUGUCCUGAUGUGAUGCCACAUUGUUGCACUGAGGAGAAUGAUAAUACCCCACACCGCUGCCGGCGUUUCCAUACUGGUUGAUCAUCAGUGCGUGUGAAACAAUACACGUUUAUUCUUCUUUCUUUGCAUUAGGGAGCAGUUUGGACAUUUCCACUCACUGACGGACGGUCCUUUUUUUUUUUUUUUUGGUUUGUUUGUUUGUUAUCGUGACCUUGCCUGAGAUUAUCAUGCUGAUGAUGAUGAAGAACAGCGGCAUGGAUGCGCAUCAGGUUGAUAUCGAUUCGGAAUUUGAGCCUCACAGCCGUUCGCGGUCGUGCACUUGGCCGCUGCCGUGCCCGGAGGAUUUCCCCGUGGGAGAAGAGUCGUCGAGCCGGGGUCUGGCGUCGGUCAAAGUGGAGCAGUACAACGCGCCGGCGUGCCGGGCCGAGAGAAAAGGCGGCGCGCCGGCGGAGAUCAAGCACCCGGCCGGCGCCCCGGCCCCGGUCGUGGCCGCUCCUGCCUGCAUGUCCGGGGCUGCGCUCGACGUGGCCGGCCAGCUGCGCAAAGCCAAGUCCUCCCGACGGAACGCGUGGGGGAACCUGUCAUACGCAGACCUCAUUACCCGGGCCAUCGAGAGCACCCCGGAGAAGAGACUCACCCUGUCCCAAAUUUAUGACUGGAUGGUUCGCUUUGUUCCUUAUUUCAAGGAUAAAGGCGACAGCAACAGUUCAGCCGGAUGGAAGAACUCAAUCAGACACAAUCUGUCCCUGCACAGUCGCUUCAUCCGGGUGCAAAAUGAAGGGACAGGGAAGAGUUCGUGGUGGAUGCUGAACCCUGAAGGAGGGAAGAUGGGGAAAGGACCCAGGCGACGGGCGGCCUCUAUCGACAACGGCACCCGCUACUUGAAGACCAAGGGUCGCAUUAGCCGAAAGAGAGCAGGGGCCAUGGGCCUCGGACGGGGACAAGGUCAGAGGGCCGGACCCGCGAUGCAAGGCUCCCCGGAGCAUGGCAGUCCAGCGGGGAAAGGAGGUGUGGGAAUGGGCGGUGAGGAGUACGACACCUGGACGGAUCUCCAUUCCCGCACUUCCUCCUCUGCCUCCACCAUGAGUGGCUGCCUGUCCCCGAUCCUUGCCGAGGCCGAGGCUGAUGAGCCGGAGGAAGGUGGACUGUCCUGCUCGGCCUCCCCUCGACUGUACCCCAGCCCCUCCAGCACCCGCUCCCCGGCACUGGGCACUGGAGGACACUGCCCGACUGUCGAGCUGCCCCAGUUGACUGACUUGACAGGGGCUAUCAGUCUAGAUGAGAGUGGCUACCCACAGCCACAGCAAAUCAAAUGCAACGGUUAUCCCUACGUGCCAGCGCCCAAGGGAGAGGGCUCCUACUGUGGGCCCAUGUACGGACAACCUUCCAUGGGCAUGCUCCGGCAUCACACUCUCAUGGAGACCAUCCAGGAGAACAAGCCAGUCAGCUUCCAGCGCCCAAUGAGGGGCUACUCAGAGAACAACGCUCUGCAGAGUCUGCUCACUGGAGGUCCGCCGUACUGCAACAAAGAGACGGUGCUGGGCCAGGGACGGGAAACACACACACUUAUGACACACGGGACCAAUGGUGUUCCCAGCCAGCACAGCCACAAUCAGAAUCGCAGCCACAAUCACAAUCACAACCCCAGCCAAGAGCAUGCUCACAAUCCCAGUCUACACAAUGGCCAUGGCUCAGUCCUCGACCAGAACACAACACACCAUCAGAACCACAAUCAGGGUCACAAACACCAAGCCAGCCUCGACUACAGCCUCAGCCACAAGCCCCUUCCUGCCCAUGACUAUGGUUCGAGUCACGAGCACAGUCACAGCAACAAAGUAAACGCCACCCAUGAUCACAACCCUCGCUCCAGCCAGAGUCAUAUGCACAACCACAACCAACACAACCCUAUGCACAGUGGGCCUCACCCACAGGCCCUUUCCCCAAGGGUUAGCACCGACAUCCUGCAGCCCUACAGUCUCAAGACCUCCAACCACUACGGCCCCCGACCACACCUCCCGACAUCGCCGUCUCUGCCGCCCAACCCCGCUGGAGUCAUGGACGUUCCCCAGGUCCCCUGCCGCUUGGCGUCCGCACCUCAACCCCGUCACCAGCCUUACCCCGGAGCCCACCAUCAGGGCAUCACUGACUCCUGGCACGGCUACUACCAUAACAACCACCAGCCAGGGAACACUGGUUACCAGGGGCAACAGCACAAUUCCCACGGUAGAAUGGCUGCCAACCUGGAGAUGGAGAAUGUCCCUAAUAGUCUGGACUGCGAUGUAGACUCUAUCCUGCUCAAUGACUUUAUGGACACAGAGAGCAUGAGCUUCAACUUUGACGGCUCUCUGUCCCAAGGUAUGGGGAUGGGGAUGGGCAUGAGCUUGGGGGCGUUUGCUUGCCCUCCACCAGCACACAGCAACCAGAGCUGGGUGCCAGGGUGAACCCAGGCCCAAGGGUUCGGAUGGACACAUGACCGGAAAGCUCACCCACCGGGCCGGGCUGCUGAUGGGCUGUACCCUUGGACUGACUGACUGUGAUUCUGUUUUUCUGAGACUGUAGAACAAAAUACGUAUUGUCAUUUUGUUUCCUGGGGACUCCAUACACCCCCACACCCUGUUUAUUAAGCCUCCUGUCUCCGUAUUGAACCUGCCCCGAUGAGCCCAGUCCUAAAGUCCCCCUCGUUCAUGCCCUUCAGCUUUUCUUUGUUUUUGUUUUUUUUAUGGUCUCAAUCUCAAUCUCGUACUGCCUGUCCUAAGCUCUCAAGCACUUUACAUCCAUCCUAUCCAUACAGAUGCAGUAACACAAAGACCAGGUGAAGUCGCGUUGUGUGUUGGUUUAAGUUAAAUGUAUGCAAUCCACUUUAAAGUAUUAUCUCCUUAUACAAAGGAGGUGUUGUUUUGGACUUGAGAACAUGAUCAAACAGCUGCAUACAUAUGUCUCAAUGUAGAGGUGCGCUCAGAUUGGGGUUUAAAUGUAUAAGGAUGAGGAAUAAAUAGAUUUUUAGAAGAAAAUCACAAAUAAGGGCAUGAGGGCAUAGAAAGGAUGUGAUCUCCAUGAUCAGUAAGACUUCUCUCCUCGGUGAACAGUAGUGUUUUCCUAUUUAGCUCAGCGGAGGAGGACAGCCAUACAUCAGGCAACCAUCAGCACCCCUCCAAUGAAAUGCAACGUCCCGUCUUUAAUCUCCAAAGUAAUGCCAGAGUGAUCCAUCGCUAUUGCAAAUCUAAUGCGCCACUCUUUUUUCUAUUCCCCCCUCUCUAUCCUCAACUCCGGACACACCGGCUUAAUGUGCUUUGGCGAAAGUGAUGAUUAAAGUCACUCUGCACUAAACGGGGGAGGGAUUGAAAGCGGUGGUGUGGUUGGAGAGGGGGGGGGGGCUUUGAGGGGCGACGAUAUGAAAGGAGAAAUGCAAAUAUUCCUUUCGUGCCUCUUCCUCUCCAUUUUGUGGAUUUAUGUAGCUUUCCCUGUAAUGAAAUAAGCAACGAUCAGAGCCUGCUGUACAUCCUCAGGAGCUUUCUGAUUGGCCUGCACCGGGCCGCCUCGGCGCGGCUCCUUCACCGGCUGACCUCAGAACAGCUUACCGAGCGGCUGUGGUCAGGCCCGGAUGUUGGUGGAGCUGCCGUUCUCAGACCCCGGGCAACCCUGUCUAAUUUCGCUAACACCCAGGUUCAGGCCCACGAUGCGCUUUUACUCCUGCGAAUUGCAAACUGAUGAACGGCGUCAGCAGAUUACUAUUUGCUGCUAUCUCUUCCUCCCAGGCCCCCCUCCAUCACGCCGCACCAUCCCGAGGUUACUCGGAGGGUAAACAAGAGUAAUUAACCGCCAAACAAGAUGGAUGAUUUAUGCAAGUUUGUGUAUUCGCUCAUCGCCACAAGUCAUAAUUCUCCCUCCCUUCAAGAACAAGUAGGGGGACUUUUAGAGGCGAUCCCCAUCGACAAGGUAAAGCGGUGAACUUGCUUAUAGUGUCCUUCAAGCGUCCCUUUGGCAAGCGUUCCCUGCCCCAUCCUGACCGUGGCUUUACUUUGCUGUCGUCUCUUCGCGUGCUCGUCCUGUGAUUGUGCAGUUGUCUGUCCUGUUACAAUACAGCAUGGAUAAAAGCUUUUUGUGUGCAUUUUAUUCUGUUCAUUCCCAGAGAGAAAACAGUCAAAAAGGGGGGCAUUUGCCCUCCCUGGUCCUGGCACCUGUUCCACUCAAGAUGAAGAAAAUGGGAGAGAAGUGGCUCUGAGAGAGAGAGAGAGAGAGAGAGAGAGAGAGGAACGCUAGAUAGAUACAGAGUGAACGGGAGGGAGGAAGCCACAUGAAUAGGCGGAAUCCGUGAGAGACCCAGAGAGAUUUUCCAGCUCGGUAGCUAUCUGUAGAAUUGGCUGUUUGAAUCAGGCCAAAUGUCAAGUGCUUCUCAUGCAGCUCCAGCGAGCUUUGACCGAAUAAGCCACUUCUCCCUCCUGAUCAAGGACAGCGGUAGGUGUUCUCAUACACAUUUCUUCAGCUCCCUUCUUUGCUUUUUAUGAGUUUAAGAUGGCCCAUUGUUGUAACACAAACUGUAAUUUGUUCUCUGGACUGUGUGCACUUGUGUGUGUCAAGCUUCUCGUGGGUGUGCGGGUGUGUGUGCGUGUGUGUAGCACAAUGAUGUACAAGAAAUGAUCAAGGGAAUAUUCUUGAGAACUAACAUGCCCUGGUAUUUUCCAUGCCCGGAUGAGUGCAGCAUACAUAAUAUAUACAGUUUAUAUUUAUUGGUUAGGGAGAUGGGUCUAUGGAGGACCACUUAGACCCUUCUCCGCUUCGUCUUCUGAUGACAAAGAGGCAGAAUGCUAUUUCAGUUUGACUUCAUUUCAUUCUGUACAUAAUCUAUAUUGAAAAAAUUGUAUUAUAAUUUUUUUGCAAAUAUCAAUUUCUUUUCUAAAAUGAUGUAUCUGCUCAUCUGGUGACCGUAAAACAAAUGAAUAAAAACAAAAAUGAAUAAGAAUGAUUUGA